GUCUUGAGGUAAAGAACUGAACCUGGCUUAGCAUCGUAGAUAGGGACAGAAAGUGAAACUCAUUUCUUCUGACAACAUGAAGAUGAUGGUUUUCCCAUUGCUUUUGAUGUUCAUCAAUAGUUUGUCUGUAUUUGGCUUCAGCACAUUCAAACAGCCAAAGUUCAAGAUAAAUGCUAUCACGCGCAGUAAACCCGGGUAUGUGACAGAGCUGGAAGAGGCCAGGGACGACAUGAUGUCCAAACAAGAUCAAUUCGACAAAGAUUUAAAGAAUGUAUCUGCCAGAGUGGACGAGGUAUCAGGAAAGCUUGAAACAACACAGUCUAUUUGCCUCAGCAAGCAAGAGAAACAGCAAGAUGCAAAUCAUGAUGAAAACGUGAAUCUGCAAGAGCAGCUCGACGAAAUGAAAACAGCAAUACAGAACAUUGAAAAGAUGGCAGUUGAAAAAGCGGUGAAAGUUAUGGAAGAGCACAUUAAAGAACUGAAGGACUCGAUGUUGAUCCAGACAGAAAUUCAGGCAGACAAAUCACACAAUUGUUCAGAGGCCAUCCGGAGCCUGGAACAUGGGGUUUACAAUCUGGAAAUAAAGAGUGAAGAAACUGAAAGUAUACUCAGUAACCUCACGGCCUCAACUGCCAACCUGACUGAAUUCGUGCAGGGUGUUCUGUACAAGCUGUCCGCGUAUAUCGGCAAUGUGGGGUACGGGGAGUCAUCUGACCGGGUUUCCAUCCGGAUCGACGGGUCUUUAGGAGUGCACAAGAUCCAUGACAUAAACACCCCGAUACACGGCAAAGGAGAAGUAAAUGAGGUCUAUUUCCAAUCCCCGAGACUUGGCUUAAUCGAUAGUGUGCAUAUGCAACUGCACGGCAGCGAUGGGUGGUACAUUGAGAAGGUGACUAUAGACGAGCUCUAUACGGGAAAUGUGUUCACGUUCGUCUACGAUGCCUGGCUUGAUGAUGAAAGUGGUCCAAUGGCGGCUACGGUGAAGCUAACAUCAGCCACCAACCGCGGCAUCAGCACAUAGGGGGUACCUUCCAUACAUCACAAGUGUUGCAGCUCCGAGAAGGACGGCCAACGAAUGCCUCGACAUUAUUUGCAGAAUAAAUAUUGACGC